AUGCCAGGCCCCAUCAAAACCGCCAUCGUCCUUGUGGAUCCGUACAACGACUUCCUGCAUCCAGAUGGCAAAUUGACGCCCCUACUAAAAGAUCUCCAUGACAGGCAAACCGUCAAACAUAUCAAAGAGCUAGUAAGGGCUGCACGUUUCCACAAAAUUCCCAUUUUCUAUGGGCUUCACCAGACAUGCUCCGAGAACAGCUUCUUUGACUGGAAACACAUGACGCCCAAUAACGUCAAACAACAGAGACUGCAGUUUUUCAAAGAGGGAUCGUUCGGGGCUGAAAUAUAUGAAGGAAUGCAACCAGAUCCAGAGAAUGGGGAUGUUGUAGUCAGUCGGCAUUGGAAUAGCAGCUCGUUCCAGCAUACCGAUCUCGAUUUCCAACUUCGGCAGCGCGAGAUCACAAAUCUUGUUUUCGCUGGCUUGACAGCGAAUACCUGUCUUGAGGCUACCGCUCGAGAUGCAUUUGAACUUGGCUACAACAUUACUCUCCUAAAGGACGCCACUGCGGGGUGGUCCAAGGAGCUGACAAACGCAGCGGUCGAUCUGGUGUGGCCUUUGUUUUCGCAGAGAGUGCUCACUGUAAAUGAGUGGAUUGAAAGCCUGUGA